AUGCCAUUUGGCCUGAAAAACGCGGGGGCCACAUUCCAAAGGCUAAUGAACAAAAUAUUUGACAGUCUCCUAGGCAAGAUGGUGGAAGUCUACGUGGAUGAUAUCUUGGCAAAGACUACACAGCCUGACGACCUCCUGAGCGACUUGGGAAGUGUCUUCGCAUCCCUCCGACAACACGGCAUGAGGCUCAACCCGCUCAAGUGCGCCUGUGCCAUGGAGGCCGGAAAAUUCCUAGGAUUUAUAAUAACCCAAAGGGGAGUGGAAGCCAACCCUGAAAAAUGUCAAGCGAUACUCCAAAUGAAGAGCCCGGGAUGUGUCAAAGACGUCCAGAGGCUGGCAGGAAGGCUUAUCGCGUUGUCCCGCUUCCUUGGAGCGUCGGCAUCGAAGUCCCUACCCUUCUUCAACCUGAUGAGAAAAGGAAUAGCGUUUGAAUGGACUCCUGCAUGUGAGGAAGCAUUCAACCACUUCAAGGAGAUCUUGGCAACACCCCCAGUACUCAGGAAGCCCAAGGCCGGAGAACCCCUAUACCUAUACCUGGCCAUAACGGGGGAAGCCCUUGCAGCGAUUUUGGUGCGGGAAGAAGGGAAAACUCAACAACCAGUCUACUUCGUAAGCAGAGCGCUGCAAGGAGCGGAGGUCAAGUACAGCAAACUGGAGAAAUUAGCACUGGCACUCCUGACCUCUUCCCAUAGACUGAGACAAUACUUCCAGGGCCACCAGAUUGUCAUGAGAACGGACCAAGGAAUUCAACAAGUACUCCAAAAACCCGAUCUGGCGGGGAGAAUGAUGACUUGGUCCAUUGAACUCUCCGAUUAUGAUUUACGAUACGAACCCCGACAUACGAUUAAGGCACAAGCGAUGGCAGACUUUCUGGUAGAAGUGACAGGAGACCCAGCCGAAGAAACGGGCAUACAGUGGAGGCUCAUUGUAGGCGGGGCCUCCAACCAAGCGUCCGGAGGUGCCGGGAUCAUUUUGGAAAGCCCAUCUAGGGUCAUAUACGAACAAUCGAUCAAGUUCGAGUUCCCCGUAUCGAACAACCAAGCAGAGUAUGAAGCUCUCUUGGGAGGCUUAGCCCUAGCCAAGGAGGUCGGGGUAAUGAGGCUGGAAAUAUGUAGCGACUCACAGGUCGUUACCUCACAAGUGAUUAGAAGCUACCAAGCCAGAGAUUUGUUGUUACAAAAAUACUUAGAGAAGGUCAGAGAGUUGAGCAAGCUAUUCGAGGAGGUCACGAUCCAACACGUUCCAAAAGAAAGGAACACACGGGCAGACCUCCUAUCUAAGUUGGCAAGCACAAAACCAGGAGUCGGCAACCGGUUUCUCAUCCAGGGCAUGGCGAAGGAGCCAGCAGUCGCCCUCCACUUGACAAGGCUGAGCCCCUCCUGGUUGGAUCCCAUCGCUAACUUCCUGGAAAACGGCAAACUCCUUGACGACGAAAAGGAAGCUAAAGUAUUGAGAAGAGAAGCAGGCAAAUACGCGAUCAUUCAGGGACAGCUGUUUAAAAAAGGACUCAGCCAACCCCUAUUAAAGUGCCUACAUCCCGACCAGAUCGACUAUGUACUCAGAGAAGUCCAUGAAGGGUGUUGCGGCCAUCAUAUCGGGGGCAAAGCCCUAGCGAGGAAGCUUAUCCGAGCCGGAUACUACUUGCCAUCAAUGAUUGUAGAUUCCAGAGAAUUCGUGAGAAAGUGCGUCAAGUGCAAAGAGAACACCAACUUUCACAGAGCACCGGCCUCCGAGUUAAGCUUGCUAACGUCCUCCCGACCCUUCUCACAGUGA